AAUAUAUCGGUCUCUAAAAACACUAAAGGUUGGAAACCCUGGCUAGGGCUGAUCGUCCUAAAGAACAUAACCAAAAUUAGCAAGAAAGAUCAGAUGUUAUUACUUCUAGUUCUAUGAAAAUUACCGACUUUGUAAAAUGGCUGAUAAAAUGGUUGAUAAAAAGAAAAUUAUAAAAGAAGAUAUCGAUGUAUCGUGUUUGCUGUGCCUUGAAAAUCGCAAUAGAGUUUUCGAUUUAAAUAACAAGCUAGCAGAUACAAUAAAUGAUGUGUUAUUUAUUAAGCUUGAAAAUGUUAUCAAAUUACCGAAACGUAUAUGUUAUCGGUGUUAUUUUAUUGUGGAAUAUAUGCGUGAUUUUCGUAAUGUGACUGUACGUAAUGUAACCGUAGCAGAAAAUAAAUUAAUAGAAGAUAAUUCGUCAAUAAUAUACGAUAAACCAUUAAUAUUUAAUAUUAUAACUGACAAAGUCCUUAAGGAACAAAACAUACCUUAUAAUUUGAAUGUUACUGAGUAUAUCAAUAAACAAAUGGAAGAAAAAGAUAACGAUGUAUUAAUUAUACCUCAAUCGUACAGAGAUGCGAGUCUUAACGAAGACGAUAUAUUACCAUUUAAGCAAACAAUUUUUCAAUGCACAAACUGUCCAAUGACAUAUAAUAAAAAAACUAGUUUAGUGCACCACGAACGUAAACAUAGAAGACAGCAACGUAAAGAACGUAUCCAUAAAGUAGUAAGCAGUCGUUCAAAAGUGUAUUCAUGCAACGUGUGUGAAUCGGAAACAGUAUAUUCGACGAUCACAGAAUUACGUGAACAUAAAAAGUUACAUGUUUCAUCAAUGUGUUGCAGACUGGGCUGUGGAACAGAUUUUAAUGCCUCUCUUGAGAGAGAAUUUCAUGAAUCGAUUUGUAAUCAAAGAUUUUCGUCAAAUGAUUUAGAACAACCGGGAGUUCGUACCAGAUCUAGAAGUCGUCUAGGUUCUGUAUCAACCAGUAGAUGUCCAUCGAUCGACUCUUAUCGUACAUUCCAUAGAUCAGGUUGGAGUUCAGAUGAAAGUGGCGAUUCGAAUUCUGGAAGAACAUCUAUAAAAAGUCAAAGAAAGCGCAAAAGUAGUUAUGCGAGAAGUGUUAAUUCGGAUGUUUCAAAUUGUUCCACAAUAACAACAGAUACUAGCAGACAUAAAAAUUUAAAAAAUUCAAGUCGAAAUGAAUCAGCAUUAAGAAAUGGAGAUCAGUCACCUGACUCUAUAAGAUCAGCUAGACCUAGGACUAGAAAACAGUCAAUUAAGGAGACGGACAGUGUGAAAUCUUAUCCAGAAUUUUUGGAUAGAAUUAACUCUGCAUCUACAGGCUUUCAACCAAAAAACAUCGUAGAAUCAAUAUAUUACCUUAAAAACAGCAAACAAGAAACAAAAUCAAAAGAAAAGUUUCAUUGCUGCAAAUGUAAAUUUUCGAGAUAUGAUGUGGACGAGGUUUCUAAACAUGAAACUAAAAAACAUAAUAUUCAGCCGUGGUUUCCGUGCAACGAGUGUAGGAAAACAUAUACCAACCGAAAAUUAUUGGAUCAUCAUAAGAGUGUAACACAUAAUAUUGGUCCAUUAGUAUGUGCCAUCUGUUCAGAAAUCUUUACAAUUCAACAAGACUUACAGUUACAUUUAUAUAAUCAUAGAAACACACAAAAUGAAUGUUGCAUUGCCUGUGAUAAAAAAUUCUUAACUCUAGCACAAUUAAAAGUACAUAUUGAUGGUGAGACAGAUGAAAAACAUAAGUUAUUUAAAAUAGCAUUCCAGCUUCAAACGCCAUUUAAUAAUGAUACUCAACUCGAAGACGAUACUCAACUUGAUGAUAAUUUUCAGAUUGUUGAAGUUGUUUCCUUGCAAUCAAGUCGUCCCAGCACUCCGUACUCAUCCUUAACAAACGACGACGUUGAAUUAUCUGAAUUAUCCCUGGAUUUUAAUGAUCAAUCAUCUGUGGAUUUUAAUGACCAAUCAUCCCUGGAUCGUAAUGCCCAAUCAUCCCUGGAUCGUAAUGCCCAAUCAUCCCUGGAUCGUAAUGACCAAUCAUUCCUGGAUCGUAAUGCCCAAUCAUCCCUGGAUCGUAAUGACCAAUCGUCCUUGGAUCGUAAUGGCCAAUCAUCCAUGGAUCGUAAUGCCCAAUCAUCUCUGGAUCGUAAUGCCCAAUCAUCCCUGGAUCGUAAUGACCAAACAUCCCUGGAUCGUAAUUCCCAAUCACCCCUGGAUCGUAAUGCCCAAUCAUCCCUGGAUCGUAAUGACCAAUCAUCACUGGAUCGUAAUGGCCAAUCAUCUCUGGAUCGUAAUGACCAAUCAUCCCUGGAUCGUAAUGACCAAACAUCCCUGGAUCGUAAUUCCCAAUCAUCUCUGGAUCGUAAUGCCCAAUCAUCCCUGGAUCGUAAUGACCAAUCAUCCCUGGAUCGUAAUGGCCAAUCAUCUCUGGAUCGUAAUGACCAAUCAUCCCUGGAUCGUAAUGACCAAUCAUCCCUGGAUCGUAAUGGCCAAUCAUCCCUGGAUCGUAAUGAGCAAUCAUCCGUCGAAUUUAAUAAUGUUAAUACCGAAAUUGUCAUUGAAAAUACUAUUCCAGAUGAUUUUAUUCAAGUUCAUGAACAAAUACAAUAAGUUUAAAUAUUUUGUAGUAAAAAAAACUUGGAU